AUGCCGACGAAGAUCCAGCAAAUCGUCGCUAUGUUGGACGGUCUCGACAACUGCGAACUCGAAAGCAUCAGAAGCGCCGCCAAUCAAGUGAUCGAGAGUCGCCCAGGCACGAGUUGCAAGCUCCUCAGCAUUCCCGCCGAAAUUCGGAACUUCAUUUACCACUUUGUCGCCAGAGGCUACCUCGACAGCUACGGCUCCUAUGAACAUGAAGGAGGUCGGUGCGGAUUGUUCCGUGCGAACAAGCAGCUCCGAGUCGAGUUUAUGGACAUAUGUUACGACAAAAAGACGGUCGGCAGAAUUCAGCUUGCCUCAGCCGAGUUGGACAGCUACCGUCGUGUGAAGAAGAUGUCGUGGGUACCUGUCCGUGGCGAAAAGAUCAAGAAAUUAAUUCUUGACGGUGGAGAGCGUAUAACUAUCUUUCCGUUCGACAACUUCAAAGGCGCCACGGACUGGGCAGAGCGUACAAUUGAGGUAGAUGAUUGGUGUGUCGCCGAGGGUGACAUAUCGAAUCAGGAGGCUAGGAUCGUCGGAAUACACAGUAACGACGAUGGAAAUGACGGUGAGGGCCUGAGAAAGCAUGCAGUCUUCGCCAUCAAGAAGACGGUGAUUCGCGAGGAGGGAUUGGAGGAUGAGCUGCCAGUCUUCGACGACGGGACCAAGUUGAUCUGA